GAUAAGGCUAGCUAUAUUGCUGAUACGAAAGUAAUGUUAUGUAAAGUUUAAAUCCAAGUCCAGUAGCUGUUCGGACACCGCCGACCGACACACGGUAAAGUGUUACUACUCAGAUAAACAGCUGUAGUCGUUUGAACUAAAACACCUUAAGGAUGGUUAACAGGUGGGUGGCCAUUGGAGUAUUGAUGCUAAUGGUUGGCGACGUUCUCGGGGCUACCUAUCAGUUGGUGACCCAGAAAAAGUCUUUCUACGACGCCGAGCACUACUGUCAGACCCAUGGCGGCCAUUUGGCGUCGAUCCAUUCCGCCGCCGAAAACCAACAUGUUUACAACCUUUGUCGACAGCAUUCUGGUCGCUAUUGCUGGAUUGGGUUGGAAAAGGAGUCAACUGGACACUUUAAGUGGACAGACGGAUCGGCCUUCACUUACAACAACUUUCAUUCUGGUGAGCCAGAUAAUUAUAACAACGAGGAAGGAUGUGCCUUGAUGCCCUUACAUGAUUCGAACUACCCGAACGGCUUGUGGAGCGACAAGAUGUGCGUAGCCCAUUACGAUCUGUCCAACUUCGUGUGCAAGAUGUCGGGGUCCUCGCACACCAGUGCACCUGUCGUCACAACUCCGCCAGCAAGCCACACGCACAGCUCUGGCACACACAAGUUGUAUGUACAAGGGACACACCUUAUGAUGGACGGACAGAGGGUCUUCUUGUCUGGUACAAACCAACCAUGGGUAUCAUACGCCUAUGAUUUUGGGAACCACCAGUACGCCUCUAGAAAGAGCCAAUUCGAGCACGCCCUACAACAGGUACACCAGGCCGGAGGAAACUCAAUCAGAACAUGGAUACAUAUCGAGGGUGAAACAUCACCACAUUUCGACAGCAACGGUAUGGUGACAGGAUUGGAUAGGGACGGCACUCUCAUCAGUGACAUGAGAGAAUACCUCCAGGCUGCGAGGCGCUACAAUAUCCUGGUCUUUCCGACGCUUUGGAACGCAGCUGUCAAUCAAAACUACCACUAUCGUUUAAACGGUCUCAUCAAAGAACAAUCCAAGCUUCAGUCUUACAUUGACCACGCACUCAUUUCAAUGGUCCAAGCUCUGAAAGAUGAGCCAGCUCUUGGCGGAUGGGACAUAAUGAAUGAACCUGAGGGCGAACUCAAAGCAAACGUGUACAGCGCCGAUCCAUGUUUCGACACCCGUCCACUGAAUAAUCAAGGACCUGGAUGGGCCGGUAAACUGUACACAGCCCAAGAAAUGGCCAAGUUCAUUAACUGGCAAGCUGACGCAAUCAAGAGAGCUGAUCCUCAUGCCAUGGUGACGGUCGGUGCCUGGAACCCCAAAUCGAACACAGAUAACUUUGGGUUUCACAAUUUGUACAAAGACGAGUGUCUGAGGAAAGCCGGCGGGAAACAGUUGGGAACACUAACGUUUUACUCUGUACACACAUACGCAAAUAACGGUCACUAUGAUGGACAAUCUCCUUUCCAGCACAGUUUCAGUGAGUUUGGUCUAGACAAACCUGUGGUCAUUGCGGAGUUUAACCAAAAGAAUGGAGGUGGUAUGACGUCACAACAGCAAUAUCAAUACGCGUACAACCACGGGUACUCGGGCGCAUGGGCAUGGGCAUAUGACAGUGGUUGGUCAACCGAGCAACAUGGUGUGUCCUCCAUUCGUUCCAAGAACGACCAAACAAAGGGCGGCCUUGUUGCUAUCAAUUUAAAUUGAAAUGUACAAUGUAUUUCAAAAGAAUCAGGUAGUCAAUAACUGCCUUGUCAUUUGUCUCUGAAUACUAAUCAAUUCUGUUAUGUAAUAAAUAUGAAUUUCACGACUUAAAAUGAUUGAAGAAAAUGUCGGUUAAUCUAACCAUUUCACAAUCCAGUUAUUUUUCAUGUUGAUCUAGCUGGACUAACA